CCCGCUGCAGCUGCACCGAACUCUCCCUGUGGCGCUGCUGCUGCUGCUGCCGCCGCUGCCGCCGCCGCCGCUGCCGCCGCCGCCGUUGCCGCCGCUGCUGCUACAAGUGAAUGUGCAUUAGCCGCCAGGACCUCCCCGCCGGCGGCGCACACAGCCGACUCAGUCACCCCAGCCCUGACUUCGCUGCACAGGGGUGGAGGUGGUGGAGGAGGCCAGGAGGAGGCGAGGAGGGGGGAGGUGCCGGUGCUGGUGGUGGAGGUGGAGGUGGAGGUGGUGGAAGAGGAGAAAGGGUGUGCGACAGCGGAGGGUGCCCCGGUGGGGUGCAGCGGAAGAGGGGGUUUGGAGGGGAGAACUUCGUAGCAGUCAUCCUUUUUAGGAAAGGAGGGAAAAAUAAAACCCUCCCCUCACGGCUUUACCCACACCCCUUCACCAGCACCACCACACACAGCGAGGUCUCCUCUCGUGGAGCACACGGUGGUGUCUACGCUUUCUGCCUUCAUUUAUCAAGCAGCUUUUUGGAAAAUGUCUUUUCUGUCCGGAGUUUAAUCAGAAGGGGAUUUUUUUUUCCCUCUUCCAUCUUUUUUUUUUCCCCUCCUCCUCUCCUCUCUCUUUUAAAUGGAGACGUGAAGCAGUCAUUGGAAUAGAGAUCAAUGCCUGUACGCGCGCGCGUGUGUGCGUGUGUAAAUUGUACAGGGAAAACCACAGGACUUCUGCAAAAUACUGGAUUGAAAAUUGUAAUUCAUCUGCUGCUGCCGCCGCCGCUGCCUUUUUCUUUCUUUCUUUUCCCCCCCUCCUUUUUGCUCCUGGAUUCUCCGAUUGGGGUUUCUAGGGUUUGACAUUUCUUUGGAGAUGUCUGAAACAGAAGUCUGGGAAUUAAUUUGGAAAUCCUUCUAAUUUUUUCCAACUCCUGAUUCAUUUGGAAGUUUCAAAGCAAAUAUAACUUGAAAGUCCUGAAGAUUUGUGGGAUUUUUUCACCCCUUAUGAGCUUGUUCUGUUUUCACAAAAAGGAAACUUGACAGAGGAGCAUACAGUACUUAGAAUACAACAUCACCGAGGAAAAUAGAAUAAAAUAAUCUAAAUAAUAACAAUAGCGUGCCUCAUGAAAUAAAAAAGAUACAAAAAGGAAUUUAAAUCAUAAAAAUACUGUGCAUCUCAUACCAAGGGGGAAACACCAGGAAGAAUAAAAUAUUUCAGAGACAAGACUCCCCCAGAGACAAGAAAUGAAAAGCACAUCCAAUAAAAUAACUGGAUUAUAAUUAUUAUUCUGUAUUUUGGGGGGUGUGGGUGGGAGAGGGAAUAAGAGGUGGGUGUUGUCACCAUUUGGCUGCUUCCCUUGUAUUCACUACUCCCUUCUUUGGGAACGAUGGCUCACCCUGGAAGAAGAGGGUACGAUAAUCGGGAGAUAGUGAUGAAAUACAUUCAUUAUAAGUUGUCACAGAGAGGGUACGAGUGGGAUGCUGGAGAUCUGAGGGCACCAGCCUCUCCAAGUCUUCCUCCUGUUGUUGCUUCUGCCCCUGCUGUUGGGAUCUUCUCUAACCAGCCAAGACAUACACCUCUGCCUGCUGAACCCCAGGACUUGGCCACUUCUACGACUGCUGCUGCUAGAAACUCACCUUUGCCUCCUCCUCCUGCCGUUGCUGCUGCUACUGUUGCCGCUGGACCUGCUGUCAGUCCAGUGCCACCUGUGGUCCACCUGACCCUUCGUCAAGCUGGAGAUGAUUUCUCACGAAGGUACCGGAGAGACUUUGAUGAAAUGUCAGGUCAGCUGCACCUGACCCCUGUUACUGCUAGGGGACGCUUUGCCACAGUAGUGGAGGAGCUGUUCAGGGAUGGGGUGAACUGGGGGCGGAUCGUGGCCUUCUUUGAAUUUGGUGGUGUUAUGUGUGUGGAGAGCGUCAACCGGGAGAUGUCGCCCCUGGUGGACAGCAUUGCCCUGUGGAUGACUGAGUACCUGAACCGGCACCUGCACAACUGGAUCCAAGAUAAUGGAGGAUGGGAUGCCUUUGUGGAAUUGUAUGGCAACAGCAUGAGGCCUUUGUUUGAUUUCUCCUGGCUGUCUCUGAAGACUCUGCUCAGCCUGGCUCUGGUGGGAGCUUGCAUCACUCUUGGUGCCUACCUGGGACACAAAUGAAUCCGCAAGCACGCAGUGGACAGAUAUGCAAAAGGCUCACUAAACUGUAGAAAUAAUAUGUGUUUUUUUUCGGUGAUACAUAAUGAAAUUUGGACGUGGUCUCUUUAAGAGAAGAAAAAAGGAAAACAUUUGAGGAAAAAAACAAACUUUCGGGCAAAAUAUUAAAUCAGCUAUUUACUGCCAAAGGGAAAUAUCAUUUAUUUUUACAUUAUUAAAAAUUAUUUAUUUAAGACAUUUACAUUUAACCUCCUGUCUUCAGAAACUCUGCCGCUUAGAGCAAAGUAACACUUACUAUGGCUUCACACGGAAUCUCCUGUGCCUAUAAACGCUGAUUUGUUUUAAACGGAGUUGGCUGGACUGACUCAAUCUCCGAAGAACAAACAAACUGACAAAGGACCUUACUGUCGGGGAGUGAUUUUUUAGGCUGCUUGAGGUUAGGGAGGUGGGCUGCAUUUUAUGUGCAUUUAUUUGCCCUGAAUCGAAGUAGAAUUAUUUCCUCCUGGGAAAAACAGAUGCUUUGCAUAUGAUUUGCAUGCUACACACACCAUCCAAGGGGGGGUAAAAGGAAACCUUGGGGCAGACUUAUGAUCCAUUAAGAUUCUUCACAUGUCUUCUGCCUCCCCAGGACAGCUAUGGGAAAUAUAAUCUUAAACCAUAAAUGAAAGUAUUUUUUUAAGCUACCAAUUGUGCCGAGACAGCCUUUUAACAAUUAAGACAAUAUCAUCCAAUACCUUAAACACUGAUUUGUCUAUUUAGACACUCAGAGAUACGUCAGUCCAAAUACUCCCUUUCUGAGUAGGAAACUGGCUCCUUUGGAACGUCAAGAAAUCAACAUGUCAGUGAUUUCUUCAGCAUCAGGGUGUUUUUUUGAGCUACUCACACAGAAACAUCAGGACACCGUAAGUGCCUGUUUCUCCAGGGUGAGACUGCAGCUUGCAGGCCUGUCUUGUGUCCCAACUAAGUGGGCUCGUUCCUGGAACCAAGCCCAUGCAGGCGCUGGCCUCCAUGAGGGUUUCUAAACAGUGCAGUGUGGUCUCUGAAUCUUUGGAAGUUAGCAAGGUUUUGAAUUCCAUUGGCAAAUAAAAGAAACAUUUUUCAAUUCAAGAAAGAACUCUAAGUGGGGCUCUGCUAGGGGCUGUUUAUCAAAUUGGAGAUAAUGAAAUCAAUUUAGGCUCAUUUUUCCAAUUUAAAGUGGAGCUUUGGGACGAAAAUGUUUUUUUUUUCCACGUUGGUCAUUUCUUAAGAUUGCCACUGAAGAAGAAAAGGCUCACAAAGUCACCACCCAGAUCAUCUUGACAGCUUCAGAAAACUGCUUCAGUCCAGGAGAAGGCAAAAAAGGGAGAGAGAGAGAGAGAGAGAGAGAGAGAGAGAGGAGAGAGAGAGAGAGAGAGAGAGAGAGAGAGAGAGAGAGGAGAGAAGAGAGAGAGAGAGAGAGAGAGAGAGAAAGAAAGAGAAACAUGGUAAAGGAAGGACUUGAAACCCUUUUUUAUCCAGAUUAUAAAUGUAUCUCAAAUAAGGCAGACAGAUGAGGAGUGGUAAACUGUACCAAAUACUGUCCAAACAGCAUGCCUGUAUGUGGGGACUGAGCCUUUGACAUAUCCAUGUGGUUCAAAGGAAGAUUUUAAUAAAGAAGGGAAAUGUCAAAAGGAAUGUUGUGGACUAACUGACUUAUGCCUAUGGAAUUUGAUGGUAAAACUCAUGAACUUAUUGUUAUUAUUGUUUGUUUUUAUUUAAAAACCUGGAAGGGGGUGAAAAAAUUCCAGGUGUGGAAUAUGGAGAUUAUCUGCACAUCUUGGGAGAAGAAAAGAAAGAAAAGAGAAGAAAAAAGAAAUGGCUAGAACUGUAGAAGAAUCUCAAAAAAGAUCCAGCCUCCAGCUCAUAAACUAGAGAAGAAUUUGUGUUUUAAGUUUAGAUUUCACUUUGUGAUGUAUAUGAAAUACCUUUGAGGCAUUAUGGCAUUAUAUACCAUUUAUCUGUAUUAACUUUGGAAUGUUCUUUGUUCAAUGUUUAAUGCUGUAGUUGAUGUGUUUUCAAAGCUGCUUUUUUUUUUUUUUGGUAUGUACAUCUCAGCAUUUAAAAAAAAUUCAGUUAUGGCCUCUACACUAUUUGUUAGAAAGGAUGAGGAUUUUCCAUUUGAAGUUUUGUAUUUUGACUCUCCAGAAACUCUUAACAACACCUCUCGUAGCCUUUGGACCUUAGACAGCUAAAGGAGAGGGAAAUGUAGCUUUUGAGGGAGUUCGUCUCAACAUGAUUAUAUACCUUAGCUUUGAAACAGAAAUGUUGAAACAAAGCAAAAUGACACUUGCUAUGGUCCCCCGACCUUGUUCUUUGCAGAUUUACUUGACCUGGGCAGUUCUGAGUUUAGUAACUCGAGUUAUUUGAGACAAUGUGCACAUUUAGCUAUAACCAUGGGGUCUAUUUGGAUGAAAAUUAUUUUCCAGGGCCUUAUAGCAAUUAAGAAUCUGGCCCUGGGAGUGUUUGACUUUUACAGAGUUGCAUCAAAAUGGCCCGUUUAAAUAGAGGUACCAAGUAAAGCCAUAGGAGCUGAUUUAAAUGGGCCAUUUUUCAUAAGAGUUAGCACUUAUGGGUUCACACUUGGAACAGAAUAGACUUGUAGAGUGGAAAAUGGUAUGAAUUAUAAGUCACUAUUCAGAAUCAAAUCAGUGAAGCAGAUGAAAUGAUUUUUUUGGUUUGAAUUUUGAAAUGUUUUAUUAUCUUAUGAAAGGUUUACAUUAUCAAAAGUGGCAAAUAUUGAACCAAAAGCCCCAUGCUGCUAUGCUGACAAGAUCACCUGCAUGGAGUUGGUUUUAUAGUUCACUCCAAGUGUCAAGAUUCUCCACGCUGCUUUAGAAGUAAUAUGAAGUACCUUAUGACAUUUAGAAGAUAAAGUCUGAUUGGUGUUUGGUUGUCUUUGUGGUUGUUGUUGUUAUUGUCCUUAAAAAAAUUACAACCUGGGCUUCCCAGUAUAUUAGUAAAGUGUAUAUAUAUUAAAAAAAAAAGUCACGGUGGUUGAAGUUUGUUUGGUUUUCUCUUGCUAUUGGGGAUCUCGUUUCUGAUAAUCCCCAUGAAAAACUUUUGCCACCUGACUCUAGAAUUGUACAGUAUUUCCAUGCCUGCACUUGCUCAGAGACUAGUUGAUAAUUAAUGCAUUUCUUAUUGUUAAACAUACUAGAAAUGAUGAAUGUAUAUAAAAGUCUGAACUAAUCAAACCUUU